CAUUAUAAGGAAUUACCAGUACCAACAAAUCUAUGUCAUUAAGAAAAAUAACCACCUGUUAAAGUGUUGUAAUCCCCAGAUCAUCCUGUCUGCAGUGCAGUUAUAAACAAGUGUAGGUAAUAGGAGAUUAUGUGCAGAGUACAAUAAGAGAAAUACAGAAUAUAUCUAUGUUCAGGAUGAAGUUGAGGUGUGUGUGUGUGUGUGUGUGUGUGAGAGUUAUGAGCUGCGACAAGGAGCAGCUGUGGCAUUGCACGUGGCUUUUUGUGAGGAUUACUCCAGCUUAGGAGUAAGAGCCGUUUGGUGAUUGGUCCUACUGAAAGCAUGCCACUUGGCCAGCUAAACAGGUUGCUUGCUUGGAAUUACACCUGUCCAAAUAAUGGGUUUCAAGGACCAUAGUUUCCGACUAGUUGUGGUCAUGACUGCCGCAGAGUCAUGAGUGUGGCCUCUUUUAGUAUGUAGAUGUAGUGAGGAACCUCUACUGUCAACUAAAUGUAAGGACAUUGGCUGCAGGAAGUAGUGAUGGUGCUUAACAAAGGACCGCGGCUGUUGGACUUUGCAAAGACCCCUCCACACCUUCAGUUCAACAAAUAUGUCCUGACAGGUUACCGGCCUGUGUCCACGGCUCAGGACUGCCUCAGGAGCCUCUUCUAUAUGCACAAUGAGUUGGGGAACAUUUACACUCAUGGCAUCCCUUUUUUCCUUUUCUUGGUGCUACUGCCCUUCAGCAUUCCCUGGAUGGAGGUGGAAAGUUUCUGGAUUUGUGUUGUCCACUAUCUGGCCUGCCUCUGCCCCACCAUAGGGUCAGUGGUCUACCAUGUGUUCAUGAACCAUGUGGGAGGAGAACAUGUGUACGACACCCUGCUCUCCCUGGACAUGUUCGGGGUCUGCCUGGUUAACACCCUGGGGGCACUUCCCAUCAUUUACAUCACCCUUCUUUGCUACCCAGCCGUGCAACAGGUUGCCUUGCUGGCUUACAUCCUCCUGUCAGCCUACGGAAUCUACUGUGCCACCACAGCCCGCACUAACGUCCUACGCCUGCGAGCUUUUGUCUGGCAGGCUUUGUUCCGCUUCAGCCUCUUCCUCUUCCGGGUGUAUGGCAAUGGUGUGGGUAGCCCAAACUCCCUGCGCCUCUUUGUCAUCAUGGACUCUCUAGCUGUAUUGGGAGGGCUGGUGAACAUCAUCCAGAUCCCUGAGCGCUUCAGCCCGGGCCUGUUCGACAACUGGGGCAACAGCCACCAGAUAAUGCAUGUCAUGGUUAUUUGCUCAAUUGUCUACCUGCACUGGGGCACGCUGGAGGAUUUAGCCUGGAUUAAGACGUACCAGUGUCCUACUGAAUGAUGCCAAGUGUAUCACAGUACAAACACGCAUGCACUUAAGGCCACGCUGAUAGAAAUGAGAUUUAGGUAUCAUUGAGGCAAGAGGAGUAUGAAAAGAAGGCAAGCUGUUUAACAAUGCACUUUAGUCCUAGCUGCUGAAAUUCUUCACAAGGGAAGUUUGUAAUUUGACAUUUUACCAGAGAAGAAUAAGAGGAACUUACAGUGUUGUAACUGUGAAACUCAAAUAUCACCAUAUCUUAUUAAAAAUCCUGAGUACACUUGAUUUUUAGUUUGCUGAAAUGCAGUAGUUUUGGGUCUUAUUACCCAUAACCAAAAUAGUUUUUAAAUGUAAAAUGUAAUUAUUAUAUGUAAUAAAUUAUAUAUUUUUA